AAAUGCUUCCGGUGUCAGGUAGUGACGUUAGGGGUAAACAAGCCUUGUAGCCGUGGCAGCGGCCGAGGCGGGCACCGGCUGUCGCCGACCGGAUAGAGAAGCUGCUUGCGGACAUUAGCCUGGGGCACAGCGCGCCGCCGCCACCGGGCAGCUGCACUCCGUGCCUUCCAGGGCGGGCACCGCGUCACACUCAUCUUUGCACCCCCAGCAUCUAGCAGUGUUGUCAUGCAGUAGGCACUCAAGAAAUGUGUGUUGAAUGAACAAUGCCUGUGACAAGCAACCGGACUUUAUUCUUUCCUGACCCUUGCUCCUAUGACACACCUCCUCCUGACUGCCACUGUCACUCCUUCAGAGCACAACUUCUCUAGGGAACCUGGAAGGGAAACAGUUAUGGCCAAGGACAUCCUGGGUGAAGCAGGGCUGCACUUUGAUGAGCUGAACAAGCUGCGGGUGUUGGACCCAGAGGUUACCCAGCAGACCAUAGAGCUCAAGGAAGAGUGCAAGGACUUUGUGGACAAAAUUGGCCAGUUUCAGAAAAUAGUUGGUGGUUUAAUUGAGCUUGUUGACCAACUUGCAAAAGAAGCAGAAAAUGAGAAGAUGAAGGCCAUCGGUGCUCGGAACUUGCUCAAAUCUAUAGCAAAGCAGAGAGAAGCCCAACAGCAGCAACUGCAAGCUCUGAUAGCAGAAAAGAAAAUGCAGCUGGAAAGGUAUCGGGUUGAAUAUGAAGCUUUGUGUAAAGUAGAAGCAGAACAAAAUGAAUUUAUUGACCAAUUUAUUUUUCAGAAAUGAACUGAAAAUUUCACUUUUAUAGCAGGAAGGCAAACAGCCCCCCAAACCAAAAACCUCUGUACCAUUCCAGUGACUUGACUCAUGCCCUGUGUCACACGAGGUGGCGUGAGGAGCACAGGAAAGGCAGCCCUGCGGCCCAGGAGCUGCUCUGGCCAGGGCGUAGCACAGAGCUCACCGCUUGCAUUCUUAAUCAGAACAAGGCAGACUGUAAACUUAUUUUUUGUAAAUUCACAAAAGUUUGGAAGGAAAAGCAAUAAAUUAUUGUUUAAAAAAAAGACUUUUGGCUGCUGCUAUUGAAAUGUAUUUAACUCUUUAUGAGAACCCUGGAUUCCUUAGCCCUUUAUCCACAAGACAGACCAGGCAGUGGUCAGAUGCUACCUUUAUUUGACCAGAUGCACGAGUUAGACCAACACAGCUUGUGAGCAGAACAGGCAAAAUCAGGGAAUCAACCAGGACCUAUUAUUAGUAGUUUUUUUGUUA